UCUAAGGAGAGACUGCUGCAGUCUUACCAUGCAGUGUCGCAGGCGCAGUGGGGUGCUUGGGGAGCAGGGCCGGGUGCUGGGACCCUUAGUCCAAGCUCUGUCCUGGUCCCUCAGACUCUCCACCGUGAUGGGUGCGGAUCAGAUCCUGGUGCUCAAGGAUGGGCGCGUUGUGGAGCGAGGCAGGCAUGAAGACCUGGUGCGCCGUGGUGGUGUGUAUGCUGGGAUGUGGCUGCAGCAGCAGGCUGGGGCUGACACUGAUGCCGAGAGCAAGGACCGCGGCACCGAGAAGGACCCAGCGCCUCCCUGAGUGCCCAGCGCCUGCCGGGGCUGCUUGUACAUCGCACAGGGGCCGGCGCAUCCCCGCAGCCGCCUGGGAAGUGUCAUGGGCUGGGCUAUGGGGAGGGGGUGUGGUGCCGCUCAGGGCUCCUGCCAGCCUGGGGUGGGGGGCAGUGGCUGGCAGUGCCCCGGCCCAGGCACGGGGGUGUUGCAGUCUGUACCUGCUG